AUCUUCAUACAUUCCUUGCAAAUUCCAAUUUUUUAUAGCUUUUGCUCUGCUUAGGUUCUGCACAAAGAGAGAGAGUGUGUUUCAAAGAGAUUUUUCUUUUUUUAUGUUAUCUGUUUUGGGUUUCUCUCGCGUCGUUUUUGCAGGUACUGAGGAACAAGUCUUGGCAGCAUAACCUUGUUGGAGAGCGUAAAAUUCAGGCAAGGCCUUCGAGUUGGGGAGUAUUAGAUUGGAAUCCUAGAAGUUUCUGUUUAGACCGAAGAAUGGAGGUAUAUGGCAAUCCUAUUGUUGCAGCUCCUUCAAAUGUUAUUUAUCUGUCAAGUAUUUUGGGCCAAGAUGGUCCAGUUCCCUGUCACAGGUGCAACUGGAAAUGUGAAAAUGAACAUGUUUGUGGAAACAUGUAUCGCUGCAAGCUAACAGGGCUGACUCACAUCUGUGAUAAAAACUGUAACCAGAGAAUUCUGUAUGAUAACCAUAGCUCACUUUGUCUAGCAAGUGGUCAAAUUUUCCCCCUUACUCCAGCAGAGGAACAAGCAGUGAGAGGUGUUCGCAGAAAGCUAGAUGCAGAGAAUUCGCCCUCUGAUAGCUGUGGUUUUAAGCGUAGGCGUGAUGCACAAUUUCAUCCUUCUCCUUUCGAGAGAUCUUUCACUGCUGUCGGUCCUAUCUGCAGCCAAGUUGGAGAUGGCAUGGAUAUGAAGUAGAUAUCUAUUAUAUAACUGAAACAGACUCAUAAUUUUUCUUGUCCCUUUGAAGUCUUUUUACUUUUGUCUAUCGGAUGAGUAUCGAAAACAGACAUUGAACAGUUAUGGAUUAUUUAUUGGUGGACAUGAUGUGGCCCCAUCUGCUGUAGGAAGAAAUCUUUAUAUUUCUAGUAUUAAUGUAAUGUAGCCUUAAAGUAGCAACUGUUGAAUGGGGAUUUGAGCAGGGUCUUUCUACGCCCAACACAUUUAUGACACUUGAAUUGACAUCAGUUUUCUUCUAAAUCUAGUGAGAAGCUGACUGUCAUAGCGGUCUACAGAAUGUAUUUUGGCUUUCAUUGCUUGAAUUUGAUUCAGUCCAUUGAUAGUUGCAUACAUGAGCAAUGUACUUAACCGUAACCCUUUAUUAGUUAACCAUCAAGUUUCUAGUGUAUCUGUAACCAUAAAGAAGCCCCGUUAAUGUACUCAUUGCUAUUGCUACUGUCAUAAGCUUUGUACUCCUUAAUUUUGUAUGAACAGCAAACAGUUAUUUGGUCC